CAGCUAUCAAGUUGGUCAAACAAGCGGGUGAGAAAAUGCCAAGCGGGGGACACCAGAGCUGUCCGGCCGCGUAGGCAGCAGGUUAACUGGGACGCGUUCGACUUGGGCUGGCGGAGCCGUGCGACAUAAGUUGAAAUCGUCACAGAAGGACAAGAUUCGCCAAUUUAUGGCCUUCACGCAGGCCGGGGAGAAGACAGCCGUGUACUGCCUGACACAGAAUGACUGGAAACUAGAGGUGGCCACAGACAAUUACUUUCACAACCCUGACCUCUAUUACAAAGAAUCCAUGAAAAACUCGGUGGACAGGAAGAAGCUUGAACAGCUGUACAAUCGAUAUAAAGAUCCCCAGGAUGAGAAUAAGAUUGGGAUUGAUGGGAUUCAGCAGUUCUGUGAUGACCUCAACUUGGACCCGGCCAGUAUGAGUGUUCUGGUGGUGGCCUGGAAGUUUCGAGCUGCCACACAGUGCGAGUUCAGCAGGAAGGAGUUCCUGGAUGGCAUGACGGAGCUGGGUUGUGACAGCACAGAAAAGCUCAAGGCGAUCCUUCCCAGAUUAGAACAGGAGCUCAAAGACAGCGCAAAAUUCAAAGACUUUUAUCAAUUCACUUUCAACUUUGCAAAGAACCCGGGACAGAAGGGUUUAGACCUAGAGAUGGCAGUUGCCUACUGGAAUCUAGUUCUGAAUGGCCGAUUCAAGUUCCUAGACCUCUGGAACAGAUUUCUCUUGGAACAUCACAAACGCUCGAUUCCCAGAGACACGUGGAACUUGCUCUUGGACUUUGGGAAUAUGAUCGCUGACGAUAUGUCAAACUAUGAUGAGGAAGGGGCAUGGCCUGUCCUUAUAGAUGACUUUGUGGAGUUUGCACGGCCAAUUGUCACUGGGGGCAAGCGCAAAACUGUAUAAUGACUGCUCAGCUCUGGAUAGGCCCUGGCCUGUGUGUUCACUCUAUACACCUUUUUUGUUUGUUUGCUUUUUUUAAAGACAUCUCAAAAAGGAAAGAAAAAAAGCAUUUUAAAGUUUUGAGACUGCAUCGCCAUGUGUCAGGUGAGGGGGUGGAGCCAAGACUACAAGACCACUACCAAACUGGGGAAUAUAGUAAGAGGUAAAGGAAGAGUUUUUUUUGGCCUGUACCAUCCCAACUGCAGCUGUUGCUAUUAUCAACAAGAACCUAGCGCUUGAACCCCCUUUUGAGGCUCCCCAAACACCUCUUUGGAGCUGGCAUCAUUGUCAACUACAUAUACCAGGGGACUCCUUCAGGCGGGCCCCACCCCUCCCACCAAUAACUGCAUCUGCUUUGAUAAAGACAAAAUGAAUAACAAAGCAAACUUAAGUGGAAAUGGGUUUAUAAAAUAGAUUCUGCAUGUGUUUUUUUUCUAUUUUCUAUUUCUGAGUGGUCAAAGGACAGAUCCAUUUGCUUUACAAUGACACAGCAAAGACAAUGAGAGCGCCACUACCACUUGAGUUAAUGGCACAUCACCAGCAGAAACUCUUUUACUACAGUUGUAUUAUACUGUAUCUAUAGAAGUAUGUAGAGAGAACUAUCUAUAUAUCUUUGUGUGUAUAAAUAUAUAUGUGUGUGUGUGUGUGUGUGAAUGCAUGUAUAUUAUAUAUUUUAUAUAUAUAGUAUACAUAUUUUAUGUACCAUACAAGUAUGAAAGGUGAAUAUUUGUGGUGUAAAUUAAACUGUAUUAUGCUUAAUUUUCUUUUGAUUUGCUUUAGUGCUGCUUUCCUCUGUAAAUGUCAGCUGAAUGGGAGCCAGACAACUACAGGCAUGGCCUGGUGUCCAUAUAUUAUUUAACUGAAUACAGUUUUGCAAAAUAACCGUAAUAGAGUGGUGUUGAAGCGUUGUUUGCUCGAGAGCUGAGGUCUCCAGCUUUCUCCAUGGCUGAUGAAGUGCCUGGUGCCACUUGUCUGAAAAGUCCAUUAUGAGUUGGUAAUUUGUUCAUAGCAGCCACUGAAUCUAAGGAUGUCUUUGUUUCCACCAGAAACAAAAUGUCAACAUGUGAAGGAGGGAUGUAUGUAAUCUGUUUGUGGCUGGAAACUACUCGCAGAGAGGAGAAAACCAAAAACGAAACACUGGUUUUUGGAGUUUAAAGCAGACACGUUAUCCACCUUGACAGGGUUUAAGUCUGUGACUAAUGCGGCGCUUUAGUGCCCGUCUGAAGUCCUGAAUGCACGUUCUGCUAUUUAUAAAGUAACCCAUGAAUUUAUAGCUGUUGACUAGAGUUGUCCUUCAGUGUGUGAGGUGAGAACCCGUCCCUACGGACGCUCUCAGCACACGGAGAAGCUGGAGGAUGCCUUUUGUCUGAUCUGCUUUCUUUCUGCACACUCCACUCCUUUUUGCCUACCUGCCUGUCCACCCAGUCCCAGCAUGGGGAGAAGCAGUGUCUCUAUUCUGUGAGCAAACUUGCACACAAAUGCUCCAUAUGUUUGGUAUAAUUCAUCCAGUGUUGUGGUUUGAGCUCUGAAAGAGCUCCUUGAUUGUGCUUAAUGGCCCUUGAAGAUGCAAAACACGGUUCUGCCAUAUAUCCGUUUGCAUGCUAACGUUUAGCAGAGGAAUGGCGAUAUUCAGACAAAUACAGCCUCGGUCCAGAAUAAAUAGCUAAUCAAUUGUUGAGUUUUAUACUGACAUUUUAAGACUGCAACAGCAGCUUCUUAAAAAAAAAAAUGGACAUAAGUUACUGGACAGAAGUGAAUACAUUUAAGACCCAUAGUCAUGUAUGGUUCUGUAAUGCCUGUAGCAUCUAUCUAAUGUCCUUGUUGAAGUGGCGAAUACUCUGUGUAAUCAAUCUGAUGAAACCAUGUGUCAAAUUUGAUGAAAUGUUAUGAUUCUCUUGUUUUGACCAAAUCAAAUGCUACAAGUGCAAGUGGUGUGAGAUUUGGGAUAUCUGUAAGAAUGAAGAGGGUACAGUGCCUUGACGAGCAAAAGCCUUUCAGUAUUUUUAUCCUUCAGUAACUGGAGUAAGUACAACACAGUCUUAAAACAUAAUGAUGAUGCCACUGGUGUGCAGAUGGUCUCUGUCUGUUGCAUUUACAUUUACAUUUAUUCAUUUAGCAGACGCUUUUUCUCCAAAGCGAUGUACAUCUCAGCAGAUGGCUAAGUAAAGGUGUUCUGCGGCCGAACUAACCUACACUGUUGCUCACACAGGAUUGAAUAAUGUUUGCGUGUGAUUUACAAUGAAACUGGGGGGAUAUUGUUUUGCUCUCCAUUUUAGCAGGCAUAAUCAAUGAUGAUUGACUCAAAAAAUAGCACUUGUCUGACUGACUUACUCUGAAGGAUCAUUUUAAUACUGGUGUCAUUGUGGUUUGCUUUUGAUGCUAAGAAGUGGGUUAUAUGAAUUUGGAAAUAUGCAUAUGUAUAAUGUGGUUUAAAGGUUUGAAAUAUAAUUAGACCGUUGUUUUUUUUUUUUCCCCCCCCUCCCACGCAGGUGUUUAUUGCAACUCUGCCUGUGUUGUGUGUGAAUUUGUGCAUGCGUGUGCUCUGCUUGGCAUUGCUCAGGAAAAUGGGGAGAGAUUGACCUUGAGACUGACCUUGCUGCAGAAAUGGGGUAUGACCACAAGGUGGUGCUGUGGUGUGAGCUGACUUACCCAUGAUGCUCUUUCCCUGCCCCUCCAUACUCCCACCUGUCCCUGCACACCAAGGGCCUCACUUACGAAAUGCUGUUAUGCAGGAAUUUGAUCGUUGAAAUAAAGCUAUGUUGGGAUUUUACACAAUUUAAAACUAAAAUAUGUUUACUGCUGUAUAAACAUCGGACUGUCUCAGAUAGUCACAGAUAUGAGAGUGCAAAAAAUGUUGACGGUGCCUGUGAUUUUAGCUGUGGGGGUAAACUUGCAAUACUGUCAAAUCCAAGCUAAUCUUUCAGUCCUUGAGACGCAAUCUCCUCUAAGAUGUUUUGGUUUUCCUCUAAUUCAUAGGCAACUGUCAAGACAUCCUGCUUCUCAUGGGGAGAAAGUUAUAGCUGUUGGCCAUGACUGCUUGGCCCGGUGAGGUGACUAAUGUGCAGCGUCCUCAAUGGGAAACAAGGGGCAUUACAUCUCAUU